AUCACCAGGAAUAUGGCGGAGACGCUUGAAGAAGCACUGAUCAAAGUAUCCGUCAUUAAACACAAUAAAGGAGUAACAAAUGGCGCCGAUAUUUUGCCGACAGGAGACAUGAAGUAUACCCUCAUUGUAUUUCUCCGGAAUUUUGCUUGAAUUGCUUGUCAAUUCAAGAUGCAAGCCAUGUUUCCCCUGGCGGACCUACUGGAAAAACACCAGACAAGACUUGUGUUUGUCGGAUCUUCAACUCAUGAACAGAUGGAAGAGUUUCUUCGCAGCCCUACAGUUCCUGUUUCCGGUGAAUUAUACACAGACCCCUCUAUUUCCUUGUAUAAGAUCUUCCAGAUGAAGAGUGGGCGUUUCCGGUCCCUUGUUUUGCCUCUAUGGCACGGUGCCAAAAGAUACGGUUUUGGUGGUAUAAUGGAGGGUGUCAGACUAGGAAUGGAAAGUAGGCAUCUGGCAGGGGAUUCUUGGAUUCAAGGGGGCACUGUACUUCUAGACCAAAGUGGAAAUACUUUAUUUCAGCACAAAGAGAAUCAUCCGGCUGAUUGGCCAGAUCUCACCGAGGUAUUACGAACGGUGGGCAUCACUGAAGACAAUGUAGAUUACGACAAGGCGGUUUCCGAAUGGAUGGUAGCACGAAAAAACGCACGGAAAUAAUUAAGUACAAAGAUUUAUUUGUCCUGCAAGGAAGUAUGACGAACUUUUGGUAACCGCUUCAGACGAGCGACCGACAGUUCUGAGUGAAAUAUACUGUAGGACAAAAUACAAAUGUACCAUUAUUUUACCGUUUUUAAGUGGAAUUUUUUAUCUUAAUGAAAAAGUUUUUGAUAUUACAUGUAUGUAACCUGUGGAGUAAAAAUAAAUGCUGCCUGGUUUUCUGGUGGACUGCCUCUUAAAUAUUGCGAAUUACUUUGUUUGAUUAAGGAUAAACCUACAUAGAACUAGCUCUAAGUUGAUUCAGAUAGUGAGUUGAGGCCAUGUGACUUGUUUGUUUUAAGGGUAUUUUUUUUAAUCCAACCUACUACUUUAAAGAACUGAAAAUAAAAAUUGCUUGAACUCUGCAAGAA